AUGAAGUUGCCCACUUCCAUCACGCAUUACCUUGCCAUUUUUGCAACAUCUAUACGCAUCGUGCACUCCUUGCCAUAUCUUGAAGAGGAAGCCGACUGGAAUCUCAACCAAAAUCAGACAGCGACAAACCCACUCGACUACUCCGGCCAGUGGGAAGGCCACGCAUACAACCCCUCACCGGACAAUUGGCGAUUCCCAUUCUACACUAUAUUCCUCGACAGAUUUGUAAAUGGUGAUCCGAGUAACGAUAAUGCAAAUGGCACACAGUGGGAACAUAUCUUGACGUCGAACGAGUUUCGCCAUGGCGGCGAUGUUCUUGGGUUGGUUGAUACCUUUGAUUAUCUACAGGGAAUGGGAAUCAAGGGCGUAUAUCUCGCCGGAACACCGUAUAUCAACUUCCCCUGGGCUGCCGAUGGAUACUCCCCACUUGACCUCACUCUGCUGGAUCAUCACUUUGGUACAAUUGAGGACUGGCGUACAAUGAUAGAUGAAGCACAUGAACGCGGGCUUUAUGUUCUUUUCGACAAUACCUUUGCAACAAUGGGCGACCUUAUCGGUUUCCAAGGUUUCUUGAAUCAGUCCGCGCCGAUCGAUCCCGACGAGUACGACUAUGUAUGGAAAUACGACCGUCAAUACUGGGACUUUAAGCCCGGAAGUGAAGUUGAGGAAGAAUGCCCUUGGGAGUAUCCUCGUUUCUGGGACGAUGACGGAACCGGUUUGACCACCACAACACUUGGUGCUUCAUGUCGUGACAGUGAAUUCGAUCAGUAUGGAGAAGUUGCUGCCUUUGGAAACUACACCGAAUGGGAGGGGCAGAUAGCCAAAUUCGCAUUUGUGCAGGAUCGUCUACGUACUUGGCGACCGGAUGUGCUGGCCAAAAUCAAACACUUUUCAUGUCUAACCAUCACAAUGCUUGAUAUCGAUGGAUUCCGCGUUGACAAGGCUCUACAAGUUACCCUUGACUCCCUUGGAGAAUGGUCGGAGUUUAUGCGGGAUUGCGCAAAGCAAGUUGGGAAAGAAAACUUCUACAUCCCCGGAGAGGUUGUAGCGGGAAACUCGUUUGGCUCGCUAUAUGUCGGCCGCGGCCAACAGACAAAUCAGACCAAGUCCAACAUAACGGAAGCAUUUCUGACGACGAACGUAACGAAAAAGUCAGAAGAGGAUAUGUUCCUGAGACCCUCGGAGAGGUCCGGGUUGGACGGGGUAGCGUUCCACUACACGUUAUAUCGUGGUUUGAGUAGGUUUCUAGGUCUGGACGGUAGCUACACUGCCGAAGGUGACCCACCUGUCAACUUUGUGGAAACUUGGAAUGGUCUAGUGGAGACCAAUGAUAUGGUCAACACGAACACGGGGAAGUUCGAUCCUCGUCACCUGUUUGGUGUCACGAAUCAGGAUGUUUUCAGGUGGCCGGGUAUCAAGAAUGGAACUCAGUUGCAGAACUUGGGUCUUUACGUCGCUUCGUUACUCAUGCCUGGAAUCCCCAUCAUCUCCUGGGGUGAGGAACAAGAUUUCUACGUACUGGACAAUCAGGCUGACAACUAUGUCUUCGGACGUGGACCUAUGUCAUCUGCUCAGGCAUGGCAACUGCACGGAUGCUACAAGCUAGGGUCAUCUAAAUACUAUGAUUUCCCCCUCGACCGCUCCCUGACUGGAUGUGGUGAUGAUUCCGUCAGUCUCGAUCACCGUGAUCCUUCUCACCCUGUGCGAGGCCUCAUCAAGAUGAUGUUUGAGAUGCGUGAGAACUAUCCCGUCCUUAACGAUGGCUGGUACCUUGAGCAACUUUCAAAUCAGACGUAUGACAUCUACCUUCCAGGCAGUAAUGGGACCCCGACCGAGACUGGGAUGUGGAGUGUGAUGAGAUCACGCUUUGCGGAUUUGCAGAACUUCGAUGGCCAAGGGCAGGGGAAUCAGAGUGUCUGGUUGGUGUACUCUAACGAUAACAAAACAGUAGAACACGAAUUCAACUGCAGCAGCAAGGACGCUUUGAUCUCGCCAUUUCCCACGGGAACAACGGUCAAGAACCUUUUUCCACCAUUCGAGGAAAUGACCCUGGAAAAUAGUUCGGUUGCACUCGGAUUUGACGGCUCCAAACUCCCGAACGGGUGUCAUCCCAACCUUACCAUGCCGGCCUGGGGUUUCAAAGCCUUUGUUCCAAAGGCCAAAUUCGUGCAGCCUUCCCCGUACAUAACCAGCUUCUCUCCAGGUCAUGACGCUCGACUCGUGUCCCAGGGAACAAGUGGUGAGACGAUAAGAAUUGGCUUCGAAUUCUCUCAGGAGAUGGAUUGCGGGGACAUCACCAACUCAUUGACGAUCACAUCCAAGACACUUGGCGAUGAGACCCCACAAUUUGACACAACAUCGGUCACUUGUCAGUCAAUUCAAGAGACUGAAGUUGCAACAUGGCCGGGUGCAAGCACUAGCAUUUUUAGCUACGAGAUAAAUCUGGGCAACGUUUAUCCAGGCGUUCACAGAGUCACAGUGAGCAACGUGACUACAUCAUAUGGAAAUCAAACCACGGGUUCCGUCGACCACUUUCUUUUCCGCAUCGGCCAACUAAACAAUCCGAUGGUGUGGCCACAGUUAGCCAACUACAGCAGAACGCUACUAUUCGAUAAUCCGUCAUCUGACGCAGAGCCCUUAUCAGUAACGCCGCAGGCUCCUGGUGCGGACUUGUGGCGAUAUUCGCUGGAUUUCGGAGCUUCAUUCAGUGACUGGAUGACAUACACCGGCUUCAAUACGUCGAUUGCAGGCAAAAACUGGACCGGCCCUGCGAAACAGGCCUGGGAGGGAGAACACAUCCUUGCUCAAUAUUGGAGCAAGUUGACCGGAAGUAGUGCUCAUUGGCAACAUGGAGACACUGAAUGGACAUACAGUCCUCCACGUCGUUUCCCUAACCUAUACAUCGAAGGCGAGUUUAACCAGUUCGGAUAUGAUGCUGGCUACUCCAACAAAAUGGCUCUCAGUAACGUCACUGGUAAAUGGGAGAUCCACUUCAUGGGCGAAUGGCCUGUGCAGGUUGCAUUCAAUGCCUGGGGAUUAAAUGCGGAUGGUCUACCUGAUCAAACGCAGGUAUUUGGAGACAUUGAUGGAGACAACGUCCUAGAUCAAGUUCCUCCAGUCACCUUGCUGAGCAAUGUAUUCAACGUCACAAUCCCACCCCCUUCGCCUUAUCUUGCUUUCAAGCUGUCUGUUGAUGACGGUGAUCUCAGGGUCUAUGCCACACCCACCGGAUCCAGGUGGGUUCAGCUGGCCAUUUUCAUCGUGCUAGCCAUUGUGCCUGUCACUACGGCUGGCGGCGCGGUGUAUGUUUACCUGAAGGCAUUUUCCCAAGUGAAAUUCAACCAAAUCGGCGUCACUGAGAAAAGGUCAAGCCUUUCUCCACUGAUCAGUGUCUUCCAAAACUUCGCCCAUCGAUCUGAGGACAUGGAAGCAAAUCCCGAUCUUGCUCUAGCCGAUACAGGUCUUUUCCCACCUGCGAGAGAAGGCGUCAUCGGUGCAAUGGUAAAUACCCGCCGACGAACCGUGCUUAUUGCAACGAUGGAAUACGAUAUCGAAGAUUGGGCCAUCAAGAUCAAAAUCGGCGGGCUUGGUGUGAUGGCCCAGUUGGUGGGGAAACAUCUGACCCAUCAGGAUCUUAUUUGGGUGGUCCCUUGUGUUGGAGGCGUUGAUUACCCCAGAGACGAUCCCCGUGAGCCAAUGGUGAUUACCGUUCUUGGCAACCAGUACCAAGUUGAUGUGCAGUAUCAUCGGAUGAACAACAUUACGUACGUCCUAUUAGACGCGCCUGUGUUCCGAGCUCAAACAAAAUCCGAGCCGUACCCUGCCCGCAUGGACGACCUCAAUUCGGCUAUCUUCUAUUCCAGUUGGAAUCAAUGCAUUGCUGAAGCCAUUCGAAGAUUUCCAGCUAUCGACCUCUAUCACAUCAACGACUACCAUGGUGCAGCUGCGCCUCUUUAUCUUUUGCCUCGCACGAUUCCAUGCUGCCUUUCUUUGCACAAUGCCGAAUUCCAAGGUCUGUGGCCUAUGAAAACGUCAAAGCAAAACAAAGAGGUUUGCAGUGUGUAUAAUCUUGACUAUGCGCUGGUGAAGAAGUAUGUUCAAUUCGGCGAAGUCUUCAACCUUCUCCAUGGAGCUGCCAAUUAUCUGAAAAUUCACCAAAACGGAUUCGGCGCGGUCGGUGUCUCCAAGAAAUACGGCAAGAGAUCGUACGCUAGAUAUCCAAUUUUCUGGGGUCUCAAGAACAUUGAAGCGCUGCCAAACCCCGACCCAUCUGACCUCGCUGAGUGGGAUCACAACACAAGCACCAAUCUCCAAGACGUUGUCAUCGACGAAGAGUUUGAAGCCAACCGUGCUUCUCUUAAGAAACAAGCUCAAGAAUGGGCCGGGCUUACAGUUGAUGCAGAGGCGCAGCUGUUUGUGUUUGUCGGUCGUUGGUCUAUGCAAAAGGGCGUUGAUCUGAUUGCAGAUAUCUUCCCCUCUGUUCUAGACGCUCACCCAAAGGUCCAGUUGAUGUGCAUUGGCCCAGUCAUUGAUCUCCAUGGGAGAUUUGCCGCAUUGAAAUUGAACCGACUUACUCAGCUCUACCCUGGGCGAGUAUAUUCCAAGCCAGAGUUCACGGCACUACCACCCUUCAUUUUCAGUGGCGCUGAGUUCGCCUUGAUUCCUUCGCGCGAUGAACCGUUCGGUCUGGUGGCCGUGGAAUUUGGACGGAAAGGAGCGUUGGGAGUGGGAUCACGUGUCGGUGGUCUUGGUCAGAUGCCCGGAUGGUGGUUCACAAUCGAGUCGAUGACAACAAAACAUCUUAUCCAACAAUUUAAGAUGGCCAUAAAUGACGCUCUGAAAUCGUCCCAGGAGACUCGAGCGCUCAUGCGUGCACGAUCCAGCAAGCAGCGCUUCCCGGUAGCACAGUGGGUUGAAGAUCUGGAAAUCUUACAUGCCACUUCAAUCGAAAAGCACAUCAAACAGGCUAAACGCCACGAUCAUCGCAGCUCGUGGAGGAUUUCUUCUGGCAGCACUACUGUCUCAGACAGCGUUCGAAAUAUCUCGUCGAGCUCAAACAACAGCCGCGAACGGAGCCGAUCACGCAGCCCCUCCGCGUCUGUCCCAUCAAGCAGGCCUAUCACGUCUGAUAUGAAUCUUGCUGUACCUCGGUCAGGAUUUGACCAUGCUCUCUCGCCGACAAACCUGUCGCCUAACAUGAACAUUUCCGAUAACGAUCAUGAUUAUGACACUGAACCAAGACGGAGACCCUUCCCCUCCGACUCUCUCGCAGACCCGCGAAUUGUUUACUCUGUGGUCAGUGAUGAUGCAGAUCUCCAGCCCGUCUAUGCAAUCAACCAAGAUGACGGCAGUCUUCGUCCAUCGCCAUUUGGGACACCACUUGGCACCCCACUUAAUACACCUAGUGUCUAUUUUUCUGGGUCUGGUGCCAGCACGCCGGUUCUUGUUGUACCCUCAGAAGACGGCAGUCUGGGCCGAAGAGACGCCAGAGAGUCUAUGAUGAGUCUGGUCAGCGUCGAUGACAUAAUAAAGGAGAAACAAGACUAUAACCUGCAGAAAGUGGAUCCAUUCUUCACGGAUGCGAAUCAAGAGUAUGCUACCAAGUUUGAGAAGAAGCUUGCAGACCUGAAUGGCAAGAACUCGGAAGACCAGCUCUGCAUCGAAGAGUUUCUCGAGAAGAGCCAGAAGGACUGGUUUAAUCGAUACCGCGACGUUAAGCUUGGCAAGUCUCCCUUGGCCUCUCCUGCUCCUUCUGUCUUCCGCAUCAGGGUUCGUGAAACCAGCCCAGAGAGCCCGCCAACUACUCUACUCGGUGAAAACCAAAAUAUUGGGCAAUUCCUCCUCCCGAAUGACCAUGUUACUCCCACGGGGUUGAAGCGUUUUAUGUUGAUAAAGAUUGGCGAUUGGCCUGUGUACUCCAUCUUCCUUGCUAUCGGUCAAAUUCUCGCCUUAAACUCGUACCAGAUCACACUACUCAACGGUGAGAUUGGAGAAACGGCUGAAAAGCUCUACAUUCUCGCGUCCAUCUAUCUUGCCUCCUCCAUAAUAUGGUGGAUGGUCUUCCGUCUUGUCCCCUCAGUCUAUGUUCUGGCGAUCCCUUUCUUUAUAUAUGGGUUUGCUUUUCUAUUUGUCGGCCUAGCAGGUCCCAUCAGCAACAGCACAAAUAGGGAAUGGCUACAAAACGUGGGCAUCGGCUUGUAUUCUUUUGCAUCUUCGAGUGGUUCAAUUUUCUUCUCUCUCAACUUUGGAGACGAAGGUGGAGCGCCUAUGAAGUCUUGGAUUUACCGAGCUACUGUCAUCCAGGGUACUCAGCAGCUGUUCAUCAGUUUUCUUUGGUACUGGGGUAGCUGGAUGGCAUCUCUCAAUCAGAAAGGUAGCACGACGUUCAGUCUUGCCAUGACCAAUCCAAAUGCUUUGCUUGGGAUUGGGCUCGGGUUGGCUGCUCUUCUUUGGGGUCUAGGAGCUGUGGUUUUCUUUGGGCUGCCGACAUAUUAUAGACAAGCGCCAGGUCAGGUGCCAACGUUUUACCUAUCGCUCUUCCGCCGUCGCAUAAUUCUGUGGUUCUUCUACAUGGUUUUCAUCUCCAACUACUGGCUAUCGGCACCUUACGGACGAAAUUGGCUCUAUCUCUGGUCCAGCAAACAUGCAAGCGCGUGGCAGAUCGUGCUCCUCGUCCUUUUCUUUUUCAUCGUUGUCUGGGCGGUAGCUCUUUGGGUCUUCCACGUCUUUUCCAAGAGACACGCCUGGUUUAUCCCGAUCUUUGCCGUCGGUCUUGGUGCUCCUCGCUGGGCCCAGAUACUAUGGGCCACCUCCAACAUCGGCAUGUACAUUCCCUGGGCUGGUGGUCCUGUGGCCGGAGCUAUCCUUGGUAGAGCACUUUGGCUCUGGCUGGGUGUUUUGGACUCACUUCAGGGUGUCGGAUUUGGAAUGAUCCUCCUCCAUACAAUGACUCGAUUCCAUGUUACCUUCACCCUUCUAGCCGCACAGGUAGUCGGCUCUUUGGCGACUAUUCUCGCUCGCGCGACCGCACCAGAUAAGUUAGGCCCUGGCAAUGUUUUCCCUGACUUCUCCGCCGGCAUCGCAGCCGGGUUGGGUCAAGCAGACUUCUGGGUUUGCCUACUUUUCAUGAUAUCCAUCAACGUUCUCUGCAUCUUUUUCUAUCGCAAGGAACAACUCGCGAAACCUUGA